AUCAUUCAGCCCUCAGACUGGGCUGGGUAGGUCUGAGAGUUAGGGAAAGUCCGUUCCCACUGCCCUCGGGGAGAGAAGAAAGGAGGGGGCAAGGGAGAAGCUGCUGGUCAGACCGUCGGACCCACAAUGAAAACGCUCCUUCUUUUGCUGCUGGUGCUCCUGGACCUGGGAGAGGCCCAAGGAUCACUUCACAGGGUGCCCCUCAGGAGGCAUCCGUCCCUCAAGAAGAAGCUGCGGGCACGGAGCCAGCUCUCUGAGCUCUGGAAAUCCCAGAAUUUGGACAUGAUCCAGUUCACCGAGUCCUGCUCAAUGGACCAGAGUGCCAACGAACCCCUCAUCAACUACUUGGAUAUGGAAUACUUCGGCACUAUCUCCAUUGGCUCCCCACCACAGAACUUCACUGUCAUCUUCGACACUGGCUCCUCCAAUCUCUGGGUCCCCUCUGUGUACUGCACCAGCCCAGCCUGCAAGACGCACACCAGGUUCCAGCCUUCCCAGUCCAGCACGUACAGCCAGCCUGGGCAAUCUUUCUCCAUUCAGUAUGGAACCGGGAGUUUGUCCGGGAUCAUUGGAGCUGACCAAGUCUCUGUGGAAGGACUGACUGUGGUUGGCCAGCAGUUUGGAGAAAGUGUCACAGAGCCAGGCCAGACCUUUGUGGAUGCAGAGUUUGAUGGAAUUCUGGGCCUGGGAUACCCCUCCUUGGCUGUGGGAGGAGUGACUCCAGUGUUUGACAACAUGAUGGCUCAGAACCUGGUGGACUUGCCAAUGUUUUCUGUCUACAUGAGCAGUAACCCAGAAGGUGGUGCGGGGAGUGAGCUGAUUUUCGGAGGCUACGACCACUCCCAUUUCUCUGGGAGCCUGAAUUGGGUCCCAGUCACCAAGCAAGGCUACUGGCAGAUUGCGCUGGAUAACAUUCAGGUGGGAGGCACUGUGAUGUUCUGCUCCGAGGGCUGCCAGGCCAUUGUGGACACAGGGACUUCCCUCAUCACUGGCCCUUCCGACAAGAUUAAGCAGCUGCAAAAUGCCAUCGGGGCAGCCCCCGUGGAUGGAGAAUAUGCUGUGGAGUGUGCCAACCUUAAUGUCAUGCCGGAUGUCACCUUCACCAUCAACGGAGUCCCCUACACCCUCAGCCCAACUGCCUACACCCUGCUGGACUUCGUGGAUGGAAUGCAGUUCUGCAGCAGCGGCUUUCAAGGACUUGACAUCCACCCUCCAGCUGGGCCCCUCUGGAUCCUGGGGGAUGUCUUCAUUCGACAGUUUUACUCGGUCUUCGACCGUGGGAAUAACCGUGUGGGACUGGCCCCAGCAGUCCCCUAAGGAGGGGCCUUGUGUCUGUGCCUGCCUGU